GGGAACCUCCCCGCCUUUGCUCGAAAAGAAAAGAGAGAAAACGAAACCGAUCUCCGCAGCGCUUCCUUUCCCGGGCUGGAGGCAGCCAUGGCGUCCGGGGGUCCCGUCCAAGAGCUCUCUGAGGAACUCACUUGCUCCAUCUGCCUGGAGUAUUUCAGGGACCCGGUGAUGCUCACCGAGUGCGGCCACAACUUCUGCCGACUCUGCCUGACCCGCAGCUGGGGGGAGCCGCCGGCAGACGCUUCCUGCCCCCAGUGCAGAGAAAUGGUUCAGCCGAGGAACCUGAAGCCAAAUCGACAGCUGGCGAACGUGGUCGAAAUUGCCAAGAAGCUCCGUCUUCAGGGGGAGAGGGAGAGGGAGGUAAAGGCAGUGGAAGGAAAGGGGAGAGCCUGCGAGAAGCACCAGGAGCCCCUCAAGCUCUUCUGCCGAGAGGAUCGAGGCCUCAUCUGCGUGGUCUGCGACAGGUCCAAGGAGCACAGACAUCAUGACGUGAUUCCCGCGGACGAGGCUGCCCAAGAGUAUAAGGAUAAACUACAUAGCCACACUGGGAUUCUGAGGAAGGAGAGAGAAAAAAUUCUGGCCUGGAAAGAAGACACAGAAAAGCGAACCCAAGGCCUGCUUGAGCAAAACGAAUCUGAGAGGCAGAAGAGAGUGGCUGAGUUCAGGAAACUGCACCAGUUUCUAGAGGAACAGGAGAAACUUCUGCUGGCCCAGCUGGAAGAAGUGAAGAAGGAGAUUGUAAGAGAAAGGGACGAGCACCUGGCCAGACUCUCUGGGGAACUAUCCUCUCUCGAAAGUGUCAUCCAUGAGAUGGAGGAGAAGAUUCAGCAGCCAACCAGUGAACUCCUGCAGGAUGUUGAAAGCAUCUUGAAGAGGUGUGAGAAGACAGAAGAGUUUGGGAAUUCAGCCUCUUUAGCUCCAGAGAUGAUAUGGUGGACCAACAGUGUCUGGGACAUGCAUUCCUUUCUGGCAGCUGAUAUGAAAAAAUGCAAAGAUGCCCUGGCAUCUCAGAUUCGGCCACAGAGAGCUGGGGCCAGGGCCGCCAAGCUGCCACAAGCCUACUCCCAGGGCUUCCCGGCUGGCCCAUGCAUCGCCUCCUCUCUGGGCCGCCAGCCCCAUCGCCGCCGCAGUCGGGCUCGGCCGGGCCCAAGGCCUCCUGGCUCCACCUCCGUGCACACUGGGGAGAGACAGCUGCCAAAUUCUGCACCUGCUGGACCACCGCCAGCUGCCACCGUCCUUGGGAGGCCCACAGCUGCAACCUUCAGCUUCCCACUGGUGCCAGCAGCAGAUGUGACUCUGGAUCCUGACACGGCCCAUCCCCAACUCAUCCUGUCUGAGGAUCGGCAGAGCGUGAGAUGUGAAGGCAAGGCUCAACCGCUGCCCAACAAUCCUGAGAGAUUUGAUGAAAGAACUGCGGUGCUGGGACGUGAGGAGUUCACAUCAGGCCAGCAUUUCUGGGAAGUCACUGUGGAGUGUGAGGGAUGGUGGGCUGUGGGGGUGGCCAGAAAGUCUGUGAGGAGGAUGGGAGAUAUCGUCUUUAGUCCUGAGGAAGGGAUCUGGGCUGUGGGGAAAAUGGGUUUGAGCUACGUGGCUCUCAGUCACCCCCAGAGGUAUCAUCUUGGUCUGAAUGGGAAGCUCAAAAGGAUCCGAGUGGCUCUCAACUACGACAAAGAGCAAGUGGACUUUUUCGACCCUGACACAGCAGACCACCUCUAUACAUUCUCAGCUGCAUCCUUCUGUGGAGAGCCGCUUUUGCCAUUCUUUUGGGUUUCUAGAACGGGCUACCUCAGCCUCCCUCAAAGUCACAACACUGGGGCUACUUUGUAAUGGACCAAAGGCAACUGCUUAGGACACUCGGAGGUGUGGUGUUUCCCUUCAUAUUGGAAUCAGAAUGUGUAUACGGGUUGAGCUUCGUUUGUCUUGGGAGUGCUGCUGGAUUCUAGCUUCAGUCUCACUUCUCUUUAUUAGUUCUUGCAUUUACGUGCUAAUUUGCUGCCAUUCGUUGAUUUUACCGGCUACCUGAUCCAAUUUCAGCUCUACUUCCUUUCCUUGAAGACAUCUUCUUGUCCCACUGUAUCUGAAGAAGUGUGCUUGCACUUUAUACU